ACACGAGGUUCUCGGGAGCCAAGGUAGCGGGGAAAAUGAGGCCUUUGACUGAAGAAGAGACUCGGGUAAUGUUUGAGAAGAUUGCGAAAUACAUCGGGGAGAAUCUACAGCUCCUGGUGGACAGGCCGGACGGCACCUACUGCUUCCGGCUGCACAACGACCGAGUGUACUAUGUGAGUGAAAUGAUCCUGAAGCUGGCCGCCAACAUCUCCGGGGAUAAGCUAGUGUCACUGGGGACGUGUUUCGGAAAGUUUACCAAGACCCACAAGUUCCGGUUGCACGUUACAGCUCUUGAUUACCUUGCACCCUAUGCCAAGUAUAAGGUGUGGAUAAAGCCUGGAGCAGAGCAGUCCUUCCUGUAUGGAAACCACGUGUUGAAAUCCGGUCUGGGCCGAAUCACUGAAAACACUUGUCAGUACCAGGGCGUAGUGGUUUACUCCAUGGCAGACAUUCCUCUCGGUUUUGGAGUAGCUGCAAAGUCUACCCAAGACUGCAGAAAAGUGGACCCCAUGGCAAUUGUGGUGUUUCAUCAAGCGGACAUUGGAGAAUACAUCCGGCAUGAAGAAACAUUGACUUAGAUGGCCCUCCUAAGAACAUUUUGCUGUGUGAGAUGACUUAGCUUUGGUUCCUGUGUGUGCAGACAUCAUCCUGUUAAGUUUGGAUAACCCUGAGAUGUGCCAGUUGGAUUCUUACUCAACAGAAAUGGCCCAGAAACAGGGUUUCAGGCCAGGAGAGGCAAAAGCAGGUGGAUCACAAGUGUAAGGCCCUCUGACAACUUGGCAAGUUCAAGGCUAGCCUGGGCUACAUAGUGAACCUCUUUCUCAAAAACCUAAAACAAAGGCUGGGUGCACCCCUUUAAUCCCAGGCAGAGGGGGGUGGAUCUCUUAUGAGCUCGAGGCCAACCUGGUCUACAAAAGUCCAAGAUAGCCAGCCAGGACUGCACACAGAAACCCCGUCUCGAAAAAACAAACGAACAAAAAU